AGUAUAUAAACGGAUGACUAUUUGAGUGAAGAAAAAUAAAAAACUUGUAGCAUUGAAGCUUUCCUGGAGUCCUUGACAGUGAAGGCAGAAAUUGAAGAGCCUAAUAAUGGAGGAGAUAGGGUUUUUGGGCAUGGGAAUUAUGGGGAAAGCUAUGGCCACAAACUUGCUCCACCAUGGCUUUAAGGUCACUGUUUGGAAUCGCACUCUUUCUAGGUGUGAUGAGUUAGUCAAACACGGAGCUUCUUUGGGAGAAUCUCCAGCAGCAGUAGUAAAAAAAUGCAAGUAUACGAUUGGAAUUGUGUCCGACCCUUGUGCUGCACUCUCGGUUGUUUUUGACAAAAACGGUGUUCUUGAGCAAAUAUGUGACGGAAAGAGUUAUAUACAUAUGUCGACCGUUGAUGUGGAUACUUCUUCGAAAAUAAAUGAGGCAGUUAUAUCAAGAGGCGGUACUUUCCUUGAAGCUCCAGUCUCGGGCAGCAAAAAGCCCGCUGAAGACGGGCAAUUGGUUAUUCUAGCUGCUGGGGAGAAGGUAAACAUAAAACAUGAUUUAUAUAGUCAAUUGCUUCCAGCUUUUGAUGUCUUGGGAAAGAAAUCAUUUUUCUUGGGACAGGUUGGAAAUGGUGCAAAAAUGAAACUUGUUGUGAACAUGAUAAUGGCUAGCAUGAUGACAGCAUUUGCAGAAGGACUUGUGUUGGCUGACAAAAGUGGAUUGGAUCAGCAAACUCUCUUGGACGUGUUGAAUGUUGGGCCUGUUGCUAAUCCAUUGUUCAAGAUGAAAGGGCCUACCAUGAUAAAACACAAUUACUCCCCCAGGAGUCCUCUAAAACAUUCACAAAAAGACAUGAGGCUUGCUCUGGCCCUUGGGGACGAAGUUGGUGUUUCAAUGCCUCUGGCCGCAGCAACAGCUGAGGUAUUUUAUACAUACCAUUUAGUUCUAUAAAAAUUUGGGUCCAUAUGUAAAAUAUUUGUAUCAAAUAUGCAAGUUACGUUAUAUUUAAUAUGUCCACAUGAAGGAAUUAUAUUCAUGAGAACCCCUACUCAAUUUUCAAGUGUGAGUCGGGCAUUAAUUUUGUUUGAAAUAAGCAGAUGAUAUUUGAACUGGAAUUUUCACUAAAAUGCAUGUUCGUGACACAUAAUCAUGUUUUGUUGCGGGUGUAAUUAGAGGAAAAGUUAGACAAGAGAUCAUGAAAUUAUCGUUAGAUUCAAUGAUGUAGUUUUAAUUUAUAAAUAAUACUCAGGUAUAAAUUUUUCAAAUCACAUAUGCAUUAUACGAAGUAUUAGGGAGAUAUCACUUGAUAAGUUCUCACAUACAAAAUAACUUAUAGCAUCAGAAUUUAACUUUUAUGACACAUAAAUAAUUUCUUAUUGGUUAUCUUUAUUUACUAGUAAUUUUUAUAGUAAAAAUUGGGAAUUUUUAUAUUGUGGGAUCAGACUUCGUGCAUACAGUGCUCUUGUACAACAUAGACGAUGUUAAUGUAGCUAAAUUUUGUGUAACUUCUGUUAUCGAAAUAUUUGGUGUAACAUAUAUGAUAGAGUAAUAUUCUAGAGAGUAGGGAGAGGUGAGAGCUCGAGAGAGAAAGUAUUUGCAUUCAAUGUUUUUUAACCCCUACAACUACCCCCAAAGGGAGUGUCUAUAGAGGAAAUUUGGGUUGGGCUCCCAGCUUGGGAGGCCCGAUUACAAUGAUGGGUUAUUUAAAGCCUGUUUAUAUGAAGCUAUUCUACUAAGUACAAUGUGAAAGAUAUCUAUUGAAGAUCCUGGCCAAGGUGACCAGGUCGAGGCGACCAGGCCGAGGAGUCCAGGUCAUGAUGACUGUUCUUGAGCUAAAUUGUUUGAUCCAUGUCUUGAGUUCAUUAUUUAAGGGAAUCUUCAGCGUGGUGGGACCUCGUCUGGACGAGGGGACCCAACCAAGAGGUAGUCUAGUAGCUUGCAGUCCUGUGUGUGUAUAUAUGAGUAUGUGUGCCCUGGGUCCAGACCCAUAUACUCUAUCAGGAGUCUCCCACUUUCUGAGUCAAGAGGUGUUGAGGUAAAAGGGAGUAGAGCAUCUUGGGUUGCACUUUUUUAUUAUUGUUUGUGUUUGGUCGAAGAGGCUUUGAAUUUCCUAGAAGGAGUGCUUCUGUUUCUUGUAGUUUGAUGUUUUUGAUUUUUCAGUCCUGGCCGAGACGUGAUCUCUUGUACCCGAUGUGUCUUUUCCUUAUAUGGUUUGAGGUUUUUAAUUUGUUUUUAAAAUCUGUUGUUUUGGCCGAGGUGGAGUCCCCCAGUCCCCCACUCCAUCAAGCCGGGAAAAGUUCAGGUUGAGGAGUAGGCAAUGUGUUUGAAGUCGAGGUGCUACCUGCGAAUGGGCCCGUGGAUCCAACCUUUUUGGCGAAACCUGACCAAGGAAACCCCGUGGAAGAAUCCUUGGAUGAGGGUCGUUGGCCGAAUGAUAUCACCUACGGGCUUUGUCUGACAUGUGUUUCUCCCGUAAAAAAGUCUCCCUUUUUAUACAUGUGAAUGAGGUCGAGGGAUGAUCUUCUUAGCCGAGUUGAGUCUGUACGGGCAUGAUGUUUUGGCAUUCUGUACGCUAGUCUAGGAGUAGUGUAUGUCGUUGAGUGUUUGUUCAGAGACGAGGCAUGUUGAAGCGGUACAACCGGUUUUAUAUGGGUGUUGCAUGUUUCGCCUGUGAUAAUCAUUGCGCUAGUUCGCAGAUAGCUGUCUUUCUUGAUGUGGAGGUGGGGCACGUUUCCCACACUGAGUGGUUGGGAUUUUGGCGACCGCCUGUAUAACCACUGGGUGCGUGACACAUGUAAUGUCCGUUGGGGGUACCUAUAAAUACCUCGCCUACAACGCAUUCACGACACUUUUGGUUUGAUUGUGACAGAGUGCUACCAAAAUCUAGAGAUAUGAAGUGUUUUUUGCGCCUUCAAAGAUUGGGGUCUCCGACUGUGGCAUCUGAGCUUGAAGCCGAGGGAUACUUCAACUUUGAGUAGGAGGACACAUCGGACCACCCUGAAGUCCAUGGAGGAUUUUGCCCUCUCUAGCCUAGACUAGCUAAGGACUGAGAUGUCGCAAUUGAAGAUGUGGGUCGUGGAUGCUAAGAAGAGGGAGACUCGUCUUCUGGCUCGCCUAGGUGAGGCCCUGAAGUUUCAAUCUAACGCUGAAAAGGCUCGGGGUGAGGUCAAGAAGCGCGACAUUGAGACCGCGAAGUUGAAGGUGGCACCAUUGACAAAGCUGUUGUCGGUUUCAUGGUUGAGGUCUAGAAAGCCAACGAGCAUCGUCGCUAGUCCUUUGACGUAGUGUAUGCUUGUUUCGGUAGUUGGAUCAAGACUAUGCCUGAUGAAUAAGGAGGCCAAUGUUGUUUUCUCCCCCGUUGAGUGCCGGAUGUAGAAGUUGAUCUACUAAAGGCUUCGUCAUAUGUUCCGGUAUAUAAAGCUUGAUAAGUUGGACCUGCCACUCGAGAUGAGGAAUCCCAAGGAUGAGGUGGAUCUUCCCCUCUCCGAUAAACAGGCUAUAUACUAAGCUCUAAUAUCAGCGAGGAUGAUGAAAACGACGAUGAAGCCAUCGAGGACCCUGCAGACUUUCGGGGAGGGGACGAUGGUCAUCAGUAGUUUAGGCUUUUUUUGUAUGGCCAACCCUUUUUAAAUGGCCAACGUGCCUUCAUUUGUAUAGUACCUACCAUUUUCCAAUGAAUGAAAUUAUCUUUUGC